UACAUUUCCCAGAGGGGAUAGCGAUAGCCCCUGAGGGUCCCGGACCUGCGUGGGUUUUGCCGCUGGCGUGAAAGGCCUCCCGGCGUGAGGUCGACCCAGGCAGCACCUCGGACAAGUCCCUACCUGAAGCAGCUGUCUGGCCGUGUCAGUUCCGGAGCAUAACACUUGCUGCCCGCGGAACCCCCGGAGGCCUGGGCGAGGUGAGCGGCGGAGUGUCGGCGGGAUGCAGGAGGGAGGACCGGGCCUCGGGAGGAUGCUGCGUCGGGGCGCGGGGCAGAGGCCCAAGAGGCGAGAGCGGGUUCUUCGUGGGUGCCGGCGGGCCGUGGGCGGGGCGCCACCGGCUCUGUCUCCUUGGCACCACCGCCUCCCACAGAUGUGCCCUGAACGCCGCAAGUCGAGCACUAACUCCCCAUUCGCCGGGUUCUGCCCCCCUGCUGCUUUAUCCCGACCUGUUCCCAGAGAGAUACCUGCGCGGCUCCUGCUGGCGUUUUAAUUUGCUCCGGGCCGGCAGUGAAUGUGCAGAUUAUUUCCUUCCCCUAACAUCGCCACUGCCCUCCUUAGUGAAAGGCUUGUUUUGCAUGAGAAGUGAGUCACUUGGUUUUCCCCAGUGGCAGAAUUGGGACUGGAAUCCCAGUCUUCGGUUGUCUGUGCCUCCUCCGUCAAGCCUGCUCCCCGCUUUAGGAGAGCUGAUGUGUUCCCUUCCGGAAGCAGGUUUUCUAGAAAAAUCUGGAAAUUGUUUCCUUGACAGGAGGGGGAGGAGUUGGGUGGGAAGACUUGGAUGGAGAAAAGUUGUCACGUGUACGCAGGGAGGUUAAAGCGUGUGCUCUGUAGCCAGCUGUGGUUGGAAUCGUGGUGCCACCCUCCCUUGGCUGUGUGGACUGGGGUAAGUUGCUCCCACUCUGCCCUCAGUUUCCUUAUCUAUAAAAUGGGAGGUUGACAGUGCCAACUGUGCUCAAUGAUUCAUUUAGUGCCUAACUCUUGGGUGAGGCUCAAGGAGCUGCUACUACUGCUGAUAGAGUCCUAGGACCUUUUCCUCUGAGUCAGGGAGAGAGCUGGGCCUGGAACAGGAUGACCCAACUCUUCUUUCUGGUGCUGUCUAUUCCUAGGUCCUUCUCUGAGGGCACAUGGUAUCAUUCUCAGGGAAUGUAGGUUUCAGAGCUGCUGAUUCUGAGGGGUGGAAAGAGAAGGGGCUUCCUCCUGGCUCCCUUUUUCUUCUCUCAGAUCUGACUUCUGGAGACUUCAACCAUCCUCAAGGAAAACUGCUCACAAAGAGGAUAUGGCUGCCGAACAGAGGGAAGCAAGGUCUCAGGUGUCAGUGACGUUCGAAGAUGUGGCUGUGCUCUUUACACGGGAUGAGUGGAGAAAGCUGGCUCCUUCUCAGAGAAACUUGUACCAAGAUGUGAUGCUGGAGAACUAUAGUAACCUUGUCUCAUUGGAAUGUAAGAGCAGUCCUAAAACCACAAAGGCAACUCAAACUCAAGACUCAUCAUUUUCGGGGCUAAUAAGGAAAACACUCAAAAAGGAUGAACCAUGGAAUUUCAUAUCAGAAAACCCCUGCAUAUAUGAAGACAGAAUAAAGAAACAGAAGGACAAAAGUGAAAGUUUACAAAUAAUUUCAGUCACCCAUACAAAACUCCUCACUGUAGAAAGAAGCCAUAAAAAUAAUGACUUCGGCCAAAAUUUUAGCCUGAAAUCAGUGUUUGUUAAGCAACAGAGGGUUACUAGAGAAAAAACACCCUCAAAAUAUGAAAUACAAAGAAGUAGCUUCAGGCAGGAUUCAAAUGUACUUAACCAAUCGAAAAUAAAGACGGCAGAAAAACGCCAUAAAUGUAACAUAUGUGAAAAAGCCUUCAUUCACAAGUCAUCCCUUCGUAAACAUCAGAAAAACCAUACUGGAGAGAAAUUAUUUCAAUGUGAUGAAUGUUUGAAAGCCUUCAACCAAAGCUCAGCUCUUAUUCAACAUCAAAGAACUCAUACUGGAGAGAAACCGUAUAUAUGUAAAGAGUGUGGGAAAGCCUUCAGCCAUAGUGCAUCCCUUUAUAAACACGUAAAAAUACAUACUGUGGAAAAAUCCUACAAAUGUAAAGAAUGUGGUAAAUCCUUUGGCAGAAGGUCUGCCCUUUUUAUACAUCAAAAAAUUCAUGCUCAAGACAAUCCCCACAAAUAUAACCCAGGAAGGAAGGCAUCCACUUGCAACCUACCUGGAUGUCAGAGAAUUCAUCCAAGAAAGAAGACCUAUUUAUGUAACGAAUGUGGCAACACCUUUAAGUCUAGUUCAUCCCUUCGUUACCACCAGAGAAUUCACACAGGAGAGAAACCUUUUAAAUGUGGUGAAUGUGGGAGAGCCUUCAGUCAGAGUGCAUCUCUUAUUCAACAUGAAAGAAUUCACACUGGAGAAAAGCCUUACAGAUGUAAUGAAUGUGAAAAAGGUUUCACUUCUAUUUCACGACUUAAUAGACAUCGAAUAAUUCAUACCGGAGAGAAAUUGUAUAAUUGUAAUGAGUGUGGUAAAGCCUUAAGUUCCCACUCGACACUCAUUAUUCAUCAGCGAAUUCAUACUGGAGAGAAACCAUGUAAAUGUAAAGUGUGUGGGAAAGCCUUCAGACAAAGUUCUGCUCUCAUUCAACAUCAGAGAAUGCACACUGGAGAAAGACCCUAUAAAUGUAAUGAGUGUGGGAAAACAUUCAGGUGUAACUCGUCCCUUAGUAAUCAUCACAGAAUUCACACAGGAGAGAAACCAUAUCGAUGUCUGGAAUGUGGGAUAUCUUUUGGGCAAAGUGCAGCUCUUCUUCAACAUCAAAGGAUUCAUACAGGAGAAAAACCCUUUGUGUGUAUUACAUGUGGGAAAACUUUUAGGCAGAGCUCAUCACUUAUUGCACAUCAAAGAAUUCAUACUGGAGAGAAACCCUAUGAAUGUAAUGCAUGUGGGAAACUCUUCAGCCAGAGGUCGUCCCUUACGAACCAUUAUAAAAUUCACAUUGAAGAGGACCCCUUCAAAGUAGAUUUGCAUGUGUGAAACCCUUAAACCAAAGGUCAUUAGAAUACAAUUGGUACCACAUAUCUGUGGGUUCCACAUCCACUGGUUCAAAUAACUGCAAAUUUAAAAUUCAAAAAUUUCAGAAAUAUCCAAAAAACAAAAUUUGAAUUUGCCACACACUGGCAACUAUUUUCAUAAGCAUUUGUACUGUAUUGGGUAUUUCAAGUAAUAUAGAGAUGAUUUAAAGUUUAUGAGAGAUGUGCAUAGGUUACAUGCAAAUUCUAUGCCAUUUUACAUAAGAGACUUGAUCACCCUCAGAUUUUGGUAUCUGUGGGGAGUCCUGGAAUCAGUCCACUACAGAUAGUAUGGGACAACUGUAUACACACUUGAGAAUGACUUAGUAAAUGUAAUGAAUAUGAUAAAACUUCAAUUUUAAUUUAGUCCUUAUCAGUUAUUUAAUUUUAAGAAAAAACUUUGACUGUGUAAUAAAUAUGUGGAAUACUUUAAUACCUGUUAGUCACUUUCUAAAAUAUCUUGAGACAAAUAAAUCACAGUUGAAAAUA